AUGGCAAGAAAGAAGGUAAAGCUUGCUUUCAUUGAAAAUGAUAGUGCCAGAAAAUCUUGCCUCAAGAAAAGGAGGCAAGGUUUGUUGAAAAAAGUGAGCGAAUUGAGCAUUCUAUGCGGUGUGGAAACGUGUGCGGUUGUCUUGUCUCCAGAUGACAACGAGCCUGCCUUUUGGCCGGCAUCUCGACCUGACGUGGAGCGACUCCUUAUGCGGUACCUGAGCAUCCCUGAAAUUGAGAGAAGCAGGAAGAUGGUGAAUCAAGAAAUGUACCUCAGGGAGAGGAACAGCAAGCUCGCCGAGCAACACAAAAAGCUUGAGCGGAAGAAUAACGACUUGGAGAAUCACUAUCUCAUGCAGCAACUUUAUCUGUACAAGAAGACAACCAGUGAACUUGGAUCAUCUGAGCUGGACAGUUUGCUCAAGUAUACGGAUGAGAAAAUUGCAGAAAUUGAAAGAAGGAUUAGGUAUAUCGAGCAAAGGGAUGAUGCACCCCAAUCAGGAGGUGCUCCAUUGGCAGUCGAAGGCCCAGUGGAGGAGGAGGAGACAAGCCCAGAGGCCAACAUUGGCAGUGUUGGUGGCGAUGGCAGUGGCGGAGGGGGUGAUGCUUCUUCAUGGGAUGAAUGGUUCUUGGAUAUGAUGAAGCAAAGUGGUAGUGUUGCUGGAAGCAGCGUCAGCAAAAGAGAUACCUCAUAUCCUUUGGCAUAUUCAACCGGUGGUGCUGGUACAUCUAGCCAUGACGUUGCCAACUUGCCACAAGUGAAUGUUGGAGUCGAAAGUGGCAACCUAGGGCAUGGGGGAGGCCCUGUCUAUGGUUGGGACAAUUAUCCUGUGAUGCCAUACCAAGGAUAUGUUGGGAACAUGAGUGGUGGACUUCCUGUAGGGUUUGCUCGUGGAGAUGUUCCAGGUAGCAGUAUUGGUGGUGCAUAUGGAUAUGCAAUGGGGCCUCCCUAUCAAUGGGAGGUUGGCGGAAGCAGCAGUGGACAUGGUGCAAUGUUUCCUCAUGGAGGGAUACAUAGAAGCAACAACAACAUCAUAAAUGCUGCAAUGCAACCGCAGGAGAAUCCUGGAGGCAUUAAUAGUGGCCAGGGGAUGGUGCUUCCUGCAGCAACCGGUGGUGGUUCUGGGAUGGGAGUGUAUCGUAGGAAUGAUAUGGUCGGUGAACCCGUGGUACACCCUCGUGGAAAUGUUAAUGCCAGCAGUGCCUCGUAUGGCUUUAGCGUGAAUCAAGGAAACGCUGGUACUCGUUCUCAAGGAGGAGACCAUGGUGGAUAUGGUGAGGUGGUGCCUCCAGGGAACACCGGAGACGAGUUACCGAUGCCUCCUAACAAUGCUGGAGCUGAUGCUGGUGGAAGCGACGGAAACAACUAG